GGGGGCGUCACGGACAGCAGCAGCGGACUUGGGCUGAGGUUCCCGGGCGGGCGGGCGCGGAGAGACGCGGGAAGCAGGGGCUGGGCGGGGGUCGCGGCGCCGCAGCCAGCGCAGCCAACCCGAGGGGCCGCCGCCGCCGCCGCCCAGCGCGCUCCGGGGCCGCGGGCCGCCUCCAGCACCCGCCGCGCCGCAGCUCCGGGACCGGCCCCGGCCGCCGCCGCCGCGAUGGGCAACGCCGCCGCGGCCAAGAAGGGCAGCGAGCAGGAGAGCGUGAAAGAGUUCUUAGCCAAAGCCAAAGAAGAUUUUCUUAAAAAAUGGGAAAAUCCUGCUCAGAAUACAGCCCAUUUGGAUCAGUUUGAACGAAUCAAGACCCUCGGCACGGGCUCCUUCGGGCGGGUGAUGCUGGUGAAGCACAAGGAAUCCGGGAACCACUUUGCCAUGAAGAUCCUCGACAAACAGAAGGUGGUAAAGCUGAAACAGAUUGAGCACACCCUGAACGAAAAGCGCAUCCUGCAAGCGGUCAACUUUCCGUUCCUUGUCAAACUCGAGUUCUCCUUCAAGGACAACUCAAAUUUAUACAUGAUCAUGGAGUACGUGCCUGGUGGGGAGAUGUUCUCACACCUGCGGCGGAUCGGGAGGUUCAGUGAGCCCCAUGCCCGCUUCUACGCAGCCCAGAUUGUCCUGACCUUCGAGUACCUGCACUCGCUCGAUCUCAUCUACCGGGACCUGAAGCCGGAGAACCUCCUCAUCGACCAGCAGGGCUACAUUCAGGUGACAGACUUCGGUUUCGCCAAGCGUGUGAAAGGCCGCACCUGGACCUUGUGCGGCACCCCCGAGUACCUGGCCCCCGAGAUCAUCCUGAGUAAAGGCUACAACAAAGCUGUGGACUGGUGGGCCCUGGGGGUUCUCAUCUAUGAGAUGGCCGCUGGCUACCCGCCCUUCUUCGCUGACCAGCCCAUCCAGAUCUAUGAGAAGAUUGUCUCUGGGAAGGUGCGGUUCCCGUCCCACUUCAGCUCCGACCUGAAGGAUCUGCUGCGGAACCUCCUGCAGGUGGACCUCACCAAACGCUUUGGGAACCUCAAGAACGGGGUCAAUGAUAUCAAGAACCACAAGUGGUUUGCCACGACUGACUGGAUCGCCAUCUACCAGAGGAAGGUGGAAGCUCCCUUCAUACCAAAGUUUAAAGGCCCUGGGGACACGAGUAACUUUGAUGACUAUGAGGAGGAAGAGAUCCGAGUCUCCAUCAAUGAGAAGUGUGGCAAGGAGUUUUCUGAGUUUUAGGGGUGUGCCUGUGCCCCCAUGGGUUUUCUUUCUGUUUCUUUUUUUUUUUUUUUUGUGGUGGGUGGGAGGGUUGGAUUGAACAGCCAGAGGGCCCCAGAGUUCCUUGCAUCUAAUUUCACCCGCCCCCGCCCCACCCUCCAGGGUAGGGGGAGCAGGAAGCCCAGAUAUUUGGAGGGAAACACCAGCUGCUCCCCCUCACCCCCUUCUCCCUCCUGCCCCCCCCCACCCCCCCUACCGCUUUUGCCUCCCUCCUCCCCCACAGCCCCCAACCCUAGCCCACUUCUGCCUGUUUUAAACGAGUUUCUCAGUUCUUCCCUUCUUCAGGUCAGACCAGGUCUUGCGGGUGUGUUAGGGACAGGGUGUGGAAAGAGGGGCCCAAACUUAACUCCAGCCACCUGCCCCCCCACAAAAAAAAACCACAGGCACCACUCUCUAAGGGCGAAUGAAUGAAAGGCUAACCUUCCCUUCAGAGCAAUCUUGCCAGGGAAGGAAAGAUUUUAGUGACAUGUUCAGCGGGCUACUUAAUAGAAUUUUUAAAAAAAACAAUUUACAAUCUUAUUUAAGUUCCACCAAUGCCUCCCUCCCUCCUUCCUCUCCCACCCCUUCCCAUGCCCCUCCUCCCCAAAUCCAUUUUAACAAGGCUGGGAAGCAGACUGUAAAGGAAGGAGCUGGGGUUCAAACCUCUCCCCCAAGCUGCUAAUCUCCCCCGCCCCCCUGACCCGUCGGGGUCCCUGCCAAGCCUGGAAGGGUCUCAGCCCCUUUAGGAAGCCCCCACUCCCUUCUGCCCCAAUAGACCUGUCUUCACCCUUGGGCUUCGGGACCCAGACAAAGCAGCUGCCCCUCUCCCUGCCAAAGAGGAGUUGUCCCCUGAAAAGAUAGAGGGGGAGCCCUGAGCCCAGGGUCUUUCCUCCCAGUAACACUCUCCCCAAACUUCUUAAUUUUAUUCUCAACUAGAUUUUAAUGUCCAGCCUCCUCUCAGUCGGGAAAGCCACCCACGCAAAAGGAGGCAAAGCCCCCCCCCUCCCCCAGACGGCCCAGAGUUCAAGGCCAAGGUUGCUGGGGAGGGGCUGCUUGUUUUAUUCACCCAGGAGCCUCCGCCCCCACCCCCCCAUCCUGGGUGCUCCUCCUCUGCUUAGCUGUCCGCUGUCAAUCACCCGUUCUCCCCGCCCCCCCCAUUGUGGUUUUUUUCUCUCAAUAGAAAAGUCGGGAGUCACCCCAUUCAUCCCCAUAUUUGUCCCUCUCAUAAUUUCUCCCCAUCCCAGGAGGAGCUCUCAGGCCUGGGGUGGGGCCCCGGGUGGGCGCGGGGGCGAUUCAACCUGUGUGCUGCGAAGGACGCAACUUCCUCUUGAACAGUGUGCUGUUGUAAACAUAUUUGAAAACUAUUAUCAAUAAAGUUUUGUUUAAAAAAAAA